AAUUUUACUUCUCCUCUUUCUUCCUCACUUCCAAAAAGCCACCCCCACCCCAAUCCUCCACUUACCCUACACUCUUACCAUGGUUAAAAAGAUACAUUUUACUUUUCAAGUUGGAAAAAAUUUGGUAUGGUUUAAAGGUGUCUUGAGAAAAGGGGUUUGGGGGUGAUGAAAAAGUCACUAGAUUUGGUCUGCACAAAUGGGAGACAUCAACUUGGAAUAACAGUAUGGCCCCUACCAGUACCAUUACAUUCAAUUCCAGUUCCUGCCUCCCAUCAGUACAUGUAGAGGAACUCAAUUUUAUUAAAGUGCAUCAGUUAGGGACCUCACACAAUAUAAUCAGACUCUUACAAGUACCAACAAUUACAUCCAGUUUCAGUUCUUUACCUCUUGACAGCUGCCAAACUGAUUUCUUUUGCAGCCGAGAUCUUUUUUUCUACUUUUGGAGUGGGAUAGGGAGGAUAUUGUUGGAGUUGUGGAACCUGAUAUUUUGUCUUGACGUUGUGAAUUAGACAAUUCUUUCCACAAUCAUUGCAGGUCUGGAUAGGAUGUUUUGGACGCCUCCACAGAUAUUUUGGGUUCGAGUAUUGGGAAUAGAGAACCUUUCAGUAGACAACGUGAGUUGUGAUUAAUCACGACAGUGAACUUUGGCUAGUUAAACUUGAAAAAUUAUCUUUAGACAAGAGUUCACCCUUAAUGCAACUUAACAGAGGAGUGGAAAUAUUUUGCUUUGAUCAGUGAAACUAAUACACUAUAUUCAAAAGAUAUUUUAAAAAAGUAGCAAAAGAGGAAAGAAAAGACAAAAAACAACUCAGAAUUGUAUUCAAAAUGACAGAACACAGGAUGCUGAUGCUAUGAUCCAUAUUGAAGGUUGGUGAUUGGAUGGGAAAGGCAAUCAAUUAUACAUUUUGUAUGUGAACAUUUCUAAAAAAUAUAGAAUUUGCAUGACUGAGAAUUUAUUAGUUAGGGUCCUACACAAUAGCAUAGAGAUGCAUCAAAGUUGGCCACUCUUAAUAGUCUUAACAGACAGCCAUAGUGUACUAUUAUUGCAGCUAACAAACUGGUAUCUUUUGCAGCCCAGCACAUUUUUUUCUCUUUUGGAGUGGUAGGGAAUAGGGACUAGGGAGUAUUUCUUGAGUUCUGGAGCCUAAUUUGUCUUGACAUGAACUGAACGGUGUACGACUGUGUCGCUUUUUUCAACCUGGACACGGUGAAGUUGAAUUCUGCUUAGAGAUGUGAGUACCACUGACUAGACAGUUAGACCCUCUAGACUUUACCCUAUAGCAUUACAGUGACAACCUCAACUAAUUGAAUGUAUGAGGGAGGUGGUGACAUAUAAGGACCAAUCUUGAAAGACCAUUCUUUCGUCUGAAAUGCCUAACCGUCACACCAAUCAUUUGGAGGCGGUAUACUGCUAGGUGGGGUAGUUUAUCUAGGAUGUACGCCUCCUAAAUAGUAUAGACGUAUGUGAAGGCAGACUUAAGCUAAGAUUACACUCGUGAGCAUAAUGGUAUAACCCUUAUUGGCUGUGAGACUAUUGGUUGAACACCACGCACAAGCGGAGAAAAAACAAAGCAAAAUGAAUUUUUCUCUUCGGGGGAAAAAUUCUUUGAUUGCAUGUUGAAUACAAAAACAUGUCUUUCUUAUUCCACUAGCUAAACCAAAUUCUUACAUGUCCUUUUCGUUAUUACAACCUUCUUUUUUUAUGUCAAAGACCAGAAGCUACGCACAAAUUCUCAUUGGAACUUAGUUAUUGUUAACAAUGAUGUCUAUUUUAUUUAAGUCUUUCCGUAGCACCAUUAGAUUUUUAGCAAGCUGUAAAUUUUGUAUGUACAUAUUCCUGUGGCUCGGAUGAGUAUUCUUGCUUAUAUCACUACGGAUAUAAACACUUUUUUUGUUCUUGUGAACAUAACAUCCCCUUAUUCUUUGCUCUUCUGGAACUGGUGCAAACAUAGGUGCUCUCUUCUAUGUUGUUUCUCCUUAAUUACUGAUGGUAUCGGGGAAACCAGUGCGUGGGAUGCUCGUUUAGCCUCUAUAUUCAUCUCGUUCCUUAUUUACCUACGUGCAAUGCCUUUUUAAGAACUUUUUGUGUACAUUUACAGAAAAAGUAGCUAAGAAGGAAAGAAAAGACAAAAUAAACUCUUCAUAUUAGGAAAGAACUGUACUCAAAACUCAAGAUGCUGAUGCUAUGAUCCAUAUUGGUGGUUGGUGAUUGGAUGUAAAUGCAAACAAUUAUAGAUUUGUAUGUGAACAUAUAUAGAACUUGCAUGACUGAGAAUUUAUUAAAGUGCAUCAGUUAAGGACCCACACAAUAAUAUAGAGAUACUCAUUCUUUACCCUCUAUAAGUACUUGACAUAUUUCUGAAUUGUAUGCCUAACAAAGCAUAGACUUUUACUAUCUUGACUAGAAAAAGACUCCAUUUUUUCCAAAAAACAAAGUUGUAGUGUUAGAAAAUGGCUCCAGUGCCAAGUUUUCCUGUUAAAGUUGGUCACAUUGAUGAUGUUCAAGAACUGAAAAAGAUUAAACCAUCUUCUAUUCCUGAAAGAUUUGUAAGAGACAUGAUAGAAAGACCAAAACUUGCCACAGUUACUACUCCAUCUUCUUGUAGUCUUAACAUUCCUGUUGUUGAUUUGUCGAGAAUCUCGAAUAGCCAGGAUUUCCAUAAUGAAAUCAUGAAGCUUUCUACUUCUUGUGAAGAGUGGGGAUUCUUUCAGGUGAUUAACCAUGGGAUUGACUUGGACUUACUGGAAAAGAUGGAGAAAAUAGCUAUGGAGUUCUUCAUGUUACCUUUAGAGGAGAAACAGAAAUAUCCAAUGGCUCCUGGAACAGUUCAAGGUUAUGGUCAAGCUUUUGUCUUCUCAGAAGAUCAAAAACUUGACUGGUGUAACAUGUUUGCUCUUGGUGUGGAACCUCAUUUCAUUAGGAACCCAAAACUCUGGCCAACAAAGCCACUUGAUUUUAGUGAAACGGUGGAUAUAUACUCGAGAGAGAUAAGGAAACUAUGCAAGAAGUUGUUGAAAUACAUAGCGAUGAGUCUUGGAUUGAAUGAUGAUAUUUUUGAAGAAAUGUUUGGAGUAGCUGUACAAGCAGUGAGGAUGAACUACUAUCCAGCAUGUCCUAGACCAGAUCUUGUUUUGGGAUUAAGUCCCCACUCAGAUGGAAGUGCACUAACAGUGUUGCAACAGGGUAAAUGCAGCAGCUCAGUUGGCCUACAAAUACUUAAAGACAAUGUUUGGGUGCCUGUUCAACCAAUUCCAAAUGCACUUGUUAUCAACAUUGGUGAUACCAUUGAGGUUCUAACUAAUGGGAGAUACAAAAGUGUGGAGCAUAGAGCAGUGACACAUCAAGAAAAGGAUAGACUAUCUAUUGUGACAUUUUAUGCACCAAGUUAUGAAAUUGAGUUAGGGCCAUUGGAAGAAUUGGUUGAUGAAAAUAACCCUUGUAAGUAUAAAAGGUACAAUCAUGGAGAGUACAGCAUGCACUAUGUUACAAAUAAACUUCAAGGGAAAAAGACUCUUGAGUUUGCCAAAAUCUAUGACAAGUAAUUAAUAAUCCUCUAUAGAGACACACUAUUAACUUGAGAUGUAGACUAUUGACAUAAUAAUAAUGUCUUUUGUAAAUUCAGUGGGCAGUUUGUGUACUGUUAAUAUGGAAAGUUCUCUUUGUAUAACCUACUUAUUGGAGUAUAACAUAAUGGAAGCAAAGUGGGGUCUUUGUGUUUGAAAA